CCCCUGCCUUCCGGUUUCCCAGGAGCCCUCGCGGCAGCUGAAGGUGAAUCGGCUGUCAUGGCGUUCUUGGCUCCGGGGGCCUACCUGACCCACCAGCAAAAGGUGUUGCGGCUUUAUAAGCGGGCGCUGCGCCACUUGGAGUCGUGGUGUGUUUACAGGGAUAAGUAUCGGUAUUUUGCUUGUUUGAUGAGAGCCCGAUUUGAUGAACACAAGAAUGAAAAGGAUAUGGUGAAAGCCACUCGUCUGUUGAGGGAGGCAGAGGAAGAAUUCUGGCAAUGCCAGCAUCCUCAACCAUACAUCUUCCCUGACUCUCCUGGGGGUACCUCUUACGAGCGAUACGAGUGUUAUAAGGUUCCUAAUUGGUGCCUAGAUGACUGGCAUCCUUCUGAGAAAGCAAUGUAUCCCGAUUACUUUGCCAAGAGAGAGCAGUGGAAAAAGCUGCAGAGGGAAAGCUGGGAAAGAGAAAUUAAGCAGCUGCAGGAGGAAACUCCACCUGGUGGUCCCACAACUGAAGCUUUGCCCCCUGCCAGAAAGGAAGGUGAUUUGCCUCCACUGUGGUGGCAUAUUGUAACCAGGCCCCGGGAGCGCCCUAUGUAGACAAAGAGACACCACCAGUGAUGAUAGUAGGUGAAAUGUUACAGGACAUACACUUACCCUAAUAAAAAUAACUCAACAAGG